AUGGCUAGUGUAUCAAAGAAAAAGGGAAAGGGAGAGAUGUCACAAGAACAGAUUAUCAUGAAGUUCAAUCAGCUUCGUCAAGAGCAAAGAAUGCUUGCAAACAAGUAUACCGAACUUGAAGUUGAAGUUUCUGAGCACAACGCUGUGAUAGAUACACUGAAAAAAGUGGAUGGCAAAAGGAAAUGUUUUAGAAGUGUUGGUGGUAUACUUGUUGAGAGGACAGUACAAGAUGUGCUUCCUGCACUGGAAAAUAAUAAAGUACAAAUUCAAGGGGUACUGGAAAAACUCGAGGGUCAAAUGAAAACAAAAGGCGAGGAGAUUGUAAAAUUUAAAGAAGACCAUAAUAUAAGAAUGAAAGGUGAAAGGGACACAAAUAGCGGAAAAGAGCAAAAGGCAGCAGAUUCAAAAAAUACCUCAGGAGUUCUGGUUACGAAAUAG